CAGGCCCCCGCCCGGCCGCGCCCCGCUGCCCGACCCCGGCGUCACCAUGCGAGGAGGCGGCUUCGGAGACCGCGACCGGGACCGGGACCGCGGAGGGUUUGGAGCAAGAGGAGGUGGAGGCCUGCCCCCAAAGAAAUUCGGUAAUCCUGGGGAGCGUUUGCGCAAGAAGAAGUGGGACCUGAGCGAGCUGCCAAAGUUCGAGAAGAAUUUUUAUGUGGAGCACCCUGAGGUGGCCAGGCUCACCCCGUACGAGGUUGAUGAACUGCGCCGGAAGAAGGAGAUCACAGUAAGAGGGGGAGAUGUUUGUCCUAAGCCAGUGUUUGCCUUCCAUCAUGCUAACUUUCCCCAGUAUGUGAUGGAUGUGUUAAUGGAUCAGAACUUCACAGAACCAACUCCGAUUCAGUGCCAAGGAUUUCCAUUGGCUCUUAGUGGCCGAGAUAUGGUGGGCAUUGCCCAAACUGGCUCUGGGAAGACUUUGGCGUAUUUGCUGCCUGCAAUUGUUCAUAUCAACCAUCAGCCAUAUUUGGAGAGGGGGGAUGGCCCAAUUUGCCUGGUUCUGGCGCCUACCCGAGAACUGGCCCAGCAAGUACAGCAAGUAGCUGAUGAUUACGGUAAAUGCUCUCGAUUGAAGAGUACUUGCAUAUAUGGAGGUGCUCCGAAAGGUCCCCAGAUUCGAGAUUUGGAGAGAGGUGUUGAAAUCUGCAUAGCCACUCCUGGUCGCCUGAUAGAUUUUCUGGAAUCAGGAAAAACCAAUCUUCGCCGUUGUACUUACCUUGUGUUGGAUGAGGCUGACAGGAUGCUUGAUAUGGGUUUUGAGCCUCAGAUUCGAAAGAUUGUGGACCAAAUCAGGCCUGACAGACAGACGCUGAUGUGGAGUGCCACCUGGCCAAAAGAGGUUCGACAACUUGCUGAGGAUUUCCUUCGUGACUACACCCAGAUCAAUGUGGGGAAUCUGGAGCUGAGUGCCAACCACAACAUCUUGCAGAUUGUGGAUGUUUGCAUGGAAAGCGAGAAGGACCACAAACUCAUCCAGCUGAUGGAGGAAAUAAUGGCUGAAAAAGAAAACAAGACCAUAAUCUUUGUGGAGACAAAGAGACGGUGUGAUGACCUGACCCGAAGGAUGCGCAGAGAUGGGUGGCCAGCUAUGUGUAUCCAUGGAGACAAGAGUCAACCAGAAAGAGAUUGGGUACUCAAUGAAUUCCGUUCUGGGAAGGCUCCCAUCCUCAUUGCUACGGAUGUAGCCUCUCGUGGGCUAGACGUGGAAGAUGUUAAGUUUGUGAUCAACUAUGACUACCCAAACAGCUCCGAGGAUUAUGUGCACCGGAUUGGCCGGACAGCCCGGAGCACCAACAAAGGCACCGCCUACACAUUCUUCACCCCGGGAAACUUAAAACAAGCUAGGGAACUAAUCAAAGUGUUAGAGGAGGCCAAUCAGGCCAUCAACCCGAAACUGAUGCAGCUGGUGGACCACAGAGGAGGUGGUGGAGGCGGGGGUGGUCGUUCUCGAUACCGUACCACCUCUUCGGUCAACAAUCCCAAUCUGAUGUACCAGGAUGAGUGUGACCGCAGGCUUCGAGGAGUUAAAGAUGGUAGCCGGAGAGACUCUGGAAGCUAUCGUGAUCGUGGAGAUACGGACAGAGCUGGUUAUGCUAAUGGUAGUGGCUAUGGCAGUCCCAAUUCUGCCUUUGGAGCUCAAGCAGGCCAAUAUACCUAUGGCCAAGGCACCUAUGGGGCAGCUGCUUAUGGCACCAGUGGCUAUGCAGCUCAGGAGUACGGGGCUGGCACCUAUGGUGCUAGUAGUACUGCCACGACUGGGAGAAGCUCUCAGAGCUCCAGCCAGCAGUAUAGUGGCUUGGGCCGGUCCGGGCAGCAGCCUCAGCCUCUGAUGUCUCAGCAAUUUCCACAGCCUCCUGGGGCUACUAACAUGAUAGGUUACAUGGGGCAGGCCGCCUACCAGUAUCCCCCACCUCCGCCUCCCCCGCCUCCCUCCCGUAAAUGAAGCCACUCAGGCGGUGGUGAGACGUGUCCAGACCUUUUACUUACGUUUAAAGGAACUCUCUUUCCUUUUUACUUUCUUCCCUUUUUUUUUCUUUUAACCAUUGUGAUUUGUCUUUCAUGCAGGUUAGUUAGAGUUCCGCUGCCAGAUUUCUUCUGCCCGCCAAAAUGAUCCAGUCCAUAUUACAAAUUUUGUAAAAAAAAAAAUAUAUAUAGCUGACUGGAAACGUUCCCUUUUUUUUCCCUCCAACUUCUUGCAUGUUGAGGAAAUUUGAGCUGAGCUUUCUUUUCUCUUAAAAGGAAAAAAAGUGGGCAUUGGCAAUUCAGUCCUAGCCCAUUUUUUGUUUUGUCUAAGUUACAGAGUUGGGUGGGAGGGAGAUUUGCAGUGUAGCACAGGAGAGCACAGCGUCCAUGCUUUCAUGUGCUCAUGUGACUGGGGUGCAGGGAGAGCAUGCAGAGCAUUUGCUAUGAUGUUCUAAAUUCUCUGAAAGUAGCUUGGAGUUGAGUUCUUUUAAUGGGCACUGGGCACUGUUUCUAAGCUCCCAUAUUUUAAGGUUUUACUUGGUUGAUUGCCAGUUAAACAUUUCAUGGCAACCAAAUUCAAAUUGGAUUGGGUAUUUAACUCUGCCUCCUCCCACCUUCCAUGUCACCCACUUCCCUGAAAAGUCAUCUUAAUGGGUCUGCCUUUCUUAAUGAAAAGCAGCCAUUGAUGGUCAGCCGUAAUGUCAUGGAAAUUAGUUUGCUGAGAAUCUGGAUUUAACUAUGGCCAGAAAUAACAAGCUGGUGUUUAAAAUGAAUGUCUUUAAUUUGAAAAAACCAUGAGUAUUUUCUGGGAUGGUUAAAGUAUAGCAUCUCAGCAGCUGGGUGGGAGCUGCCUGUAUCUAUCUAUUCCUCACAUUGCCAGGGACCAUCUGUGAAAGUCAGUUUCCAUCCAGACAGCUGCUGUGGGCAAGACUGACAGAAAUGCCCACGAAACAAAGCAGAUUUUUAUUAACCAUUUAAUUCCAUGCAUUCACCUGCAGGAUAUAAAGGACCUUUAGUUGCAGAGAAUUUUCUGAAUCUGUGCAGUGAACAGGGUUUUCCUAUUAUCAUCAGUGUUUACAGAGCUAGGGUGGAAGCCCCUUUUUCCCUAUCAUCCUUUUAUUUUUUUACCCAAAAGGGAUUAGGCAGAGCUGUUCUGAGUUCAUUGGUUUAAAACUCCCUUUAUAACUGAGCUUCUGGGUAUGUUUCUCCAGGAUCCUAUUGUGGUCAGUUUUUACAGGUAGGUAGUAUUUUAGGGAAAGGUUAGGAAAGACUGGAACGUAAGCAUUUAAUUUGCUCUUUCUCCAUCUGAAGGUAGGUGAGUGUUUGCUGUUUGUAGUUAAGCAUGUUGUCUAUUCUCUAAUGUGACUUCAUUUGGCAGAUGGGCCAGGAACGGCAGAUCCUGGAGAGAAUUCCCUGCCCUUGUUGCACAAAAUUUUCUUGUCUCUCCCUAACUAGUUAUUCUGUUGACAUCCUUUGGCAAAGUGGCAGAACCCCAAACUCCUCUCCGAAAGGCCAGUGAGAGAGGCUUUGUUUGGUUAUUGUGGGCAGUUAUGGGGAUGAGUCUCAGUGGGCUGCAUUUCUUCAGCUGAAGGAGUGUACUUGUUGAUUGAUAAGAUCUGGGUUUGGCCUCCCCCAUUUUGAUUUUCUUUAGGGGGAGAAUAAAAGGGAGGGGGUCCUGAGGGCUUCCGAAGGUCUGGUUAAGUGUGCAACGUACAGGUAGGUUGUUAGCAUAAGCUGGAAUUCUGUGCAUGUAAGCUCUUUGGCAUUCAUAUUUCCUUUUUUCCCCUUACCCUCCAUUUCUCUCUGCCCCUCUCUUUUUUUUCUUCUAUUGUGAAAGUUGAGGAUAUGGGGUGGGAGGUGGGGAAAAGCACCUGUUCUGUGGCAAAAAGUUUGCCCUGUGCUGUGUAUCUUUAAACCGAGGCCCCCAAAGAACUUUUGCUGUCCUGAGCACUGAUCAGUCUGUUGUAGAUGUUUUCUUCUCCCCUCAAACAGGUGUGAAACUGUUCACCUGUGAGUUCUCAUGCAGAAGUGCGCCAGGGAGGUAGUCUGCCCUCUCACAGCUCUUAAAAGCUGAUCUUAAUGAGAAGGGUCUCUUGGCAAGCAAGACAGUGUUUAGUCUGCUCCUGCUUCAUUCAUUGUAAAAUGAGAUUAACAGCACAUCUCAAAAGCUCCUGCAGCUUGGAUCUGACAAGUCUGCAAGGGUCCCUCCUGUGCCAUCCUAGGCAUCAGCCUCCCAUGUCCUCAUGCGUUUGGCUCCAAAUGCAGAUUCCAACUGCUAUUAUAUUAAGUACAUAUUCAGAAGGACCUGCAUUGAUAACUACAAUUGCAUUUGUAUCAUUGAAACCCUUUUGGUGGGGAGGGGCUUACUGUGGAAUCGUGGGUUACUUCUGAACCCUCCCUGACAAUUCACUGUGUGGACUUCUCUAACUGAAGGGUCAGUGGCUGGCUUUGUGCGGGAUCAGUGCUUUUGUUCAUGCCCUUGCUGGUCUCUGAACACAUUCCUGUUGCAUUAAGACUUGACUUGAAAGAUUCAUAGAUGUGUAAUGUUCAGGCACAGGAUAUUAAAAGCUAUGUUACUAUUAGUUUGUAAAUUGUCUUUUGAUACCAUCUUGUUUUCUUUUGUAGGUAUAAAUAAAAACACUGUUGACAAUAAAA